GGAGCGGCGCGGGCCGGGCCAUGGGGCAGCAGGCAGCUAGCGCGCUGUUACUGGCGCUGCUGCUGCACGAGCGGCUGCUCGCGGUGACCCACGGGCUGAGGGCAUAUGACGGCUUGUCUCUGCCUGAGGACACAGAGCCCGUCGCAGCAGGCCGGAUUGGCUGGAGCUAUUCUUACCUCUCUGAUGAUGAGGACUUGCUGGCUGAUGAUGCCUCUGGAGAUGGCCUGGGCAGCGGGGAUCCGGGCAGUGGGGACUUCCAAAUGGUUUACUUCCGUGCCCUGGUAAAUUUCACACGCUCCAUUGAGUACAGCCCUCGGCUGGAGGAUGCAGGAUCCAGGGAGUUCCGAGAGGUGUCCGAGGCUGUGGUAGACACGCUGGAGUCGGAGUACUUGAAAAUUCCCGGAGACCAGGUUGUCAGUGUGGUGUUCAUCAAGGAGCUGGACAGCUGGGUCUUCGUGGAGCUGGAUGUGGGCUCGGAAGGGAACGCGGAUGGGGCUCAGAUCCAGGAUGUGCUGCACAAGGUCAUCUCCAGCGGCUCCAUUGCCUCCUACAUCACCUCUCCCCAGGGAUUCCAGUUUCGACGCCUGGGCACAGUGGCCCAGGUCCCAAGGGUCUGCACUGAGGCCGAGUUUGCCUGCCAUAGCUACAAUGAGUGUAUAGCCCUGGAGUAUCGCUGUGACCGGCGCCCUGACUGCAGGGACAUGUCUGAUGAGCUCAACUGUGAAGAGCCAGUCCCGGAGUACAGACCCACGCCACCUGUCCUCGUGAAGACACCACCUUUACCACUUUGGACAGAAGCGACCACCACACAGCGGCCACUAGACACCCCCUCUCCCCAGCUUCUGCGGCCCGAUCUAGGCAGGCCCCUGCCCUGUGGGCCUCAGGAGGCGGCCUGCCACAGCGGGCACUGCAUCCCCAAAGACUACCUCUGUGACGGGCAGGAGGACUGCAAGGAUGGCAGUGAUGAGCUGGACUGUGGCCCCACCCCGCCCUGUGAGCCCAACGAGUUCCCCUGUGGAAAUGGGCACUGUGCACUCAAGCUGUGGCGCUGCGAUGGAGACUUUGACUGUGAGGACCGCACCGAUGAGGCUGACUGCCCUGCCAAGCGCCCUGAGGAAGUAUGUGGGCCCACACAGUUCCGAUGUGUCUCCACAAACACGUGCAUCCCGGCCAGCUUCCACUGUGACGAGGAGAGCGACUGUCCUGACCGCAGCGACGAGUUCGGCUGCAUGCCCCCUCAGGUGGUGACACCUCCUCAGGAGUCGAUCCAAGCUUCCCGGGGCCAGACAGUGACCUUCACCUGUGUGGCCAUCGGUGUCCCUACCCCCAUCAUCAACUGGAGGCUCAACUGGGGCCACAUCCCCUCCCAUCCAAGGGUGACAGUGACCAGCGAGGGUGACCGUGGCACACUGACCAUCCGUGAUGUGAAAGAGUCGGACCAAGGUGCCUACACCUGUGAGGCCAUGAAUGCCCGGGGCAUGGUGUUCGGCAUUCCUGAUGGUGUCCUGGAGCUCAUCCCACAGCGAGGUCCCUGCCCUGAUGGACACUUCUACCUGGAGCACAGCGCCUCCUGCCUGCCCUGCUUCUGCUUCGGUGUCACCAACGUGUGCCAGAGCAGCCACCGCUUCUGGGACCAGAUCCAUUUGCGUUUUGACCGGCCAGAUGACUUCAAAGGCGUGAACGUGACGAUGCCUGCGCAGCCUGGCAUGCCACCCCUGUCCUCCACCCAGCUGCAGAUCGACCCUACAUCACAGGAGUUCCAGCUGGUCGACCUGUCCCGCCGCUUCCUUGUCCAUGACUCUUUCUGGGCGUUGCCUGAGCAGUUCCUGGGCAAUAAGGUGGACUCCUAUGGUGGCUUCCUGCGCUACAGGGUGCGCUAUGAGCUUGCACGUGGAAUGCUGGAGCCAGUACAGAAGCCGGAUGUGGUCCUUGUUGGUGCUAGAUAUCGCCUACACUCCCGAGGCCACGUGCCCACCCAGCCUGGCACUGUAAACCAGCGCCAGGUCCAGUUCUCUGAGGAGCACUGGGUCCACGAGUCUGGCCGUCCGGUGCAGCGAGAAGAGUUGCUACAGGUGCUGCAGAGCCUGGAGGCCGUGCUCAUCCAGACCGUAUACAACACCAAGAUGGCCAGUGUAGGGCUGAGCAACAUCACCAUGGAUACCACCGUCACCCACGCAACCCGCCAUGGCCGUGCCCACAGUGUGGAAGAGUGCAGAUGCCCCAUUGGUUACUCUGGCUUAUCUUGUGAGAGCUGUGAUGCCCACUUCACCCGGGUGCCUGGUGGGCCUUACCUAGGCACCUGCUCUGGCUGCAAUUGCAAUGGCCACGCCAGCUCCUGUGACCCUGUGUAUGGCCACUGUCUGAAUUGCCAGCACAACACAGAAGGACCACAGUGCAACAAGUGCAAGGCCGGCUUCUUUGGGGAUGCCACGAAGGCCACAGCCACUGCCUGCCGGCCCUGCCCUUGCCCAUACAUUGAUGCCUCCCAAAGAUUUUCAAACACUUGCUUCCUGGACACAGACGGCCAAGCUACAUGUGAUGCAUGUGAACCAGGCUACACAGGUCGCCGCUGUGAGAGCUGUGCCGCCGGAUAUGAGGGCAACCCUAUCCAGCCAGGCGGGAAGUGCAGGCCCACCAACCAGGAGUUUGUGCGCUGUGAUGAGCGUGGCAGCGUGGAGACCUCUGGGUCCAGCCUACAGGUGGCAUGCCGCUGCAAGAACAACGUGGUGGGGCGCUUGUGCAAAGAGUGUGCCAAUGGCUUUUUCCACCUGGGUAACCGAAAGUCCGACGGCUGCCUCAAGUGCUUCUGCAUGGGUGUCAGUCGCCAGUGCACCAGUUCUUCAUGGAGCCGUGCCCAGGUGCUUGGCGCCUCCGAAGAGCCUGCUCAUUUCAGCCUGACCAAUGCCGCAGGUACCCACACCACCACCGAUGGCAUCUCCUCACCUGCAUCUGGGGAAUUGGUUUUCUCCUCCUUCCACCACCUCCUACCUGGACCCUACUUCUGGAGCCUUCCUCCACGCUUCCAGGGGGACAAGGUCACCUCCUAUGGAGGGGAGCUUCGCUUCACAGUGACCCAGCGGCCUCAGCCUGGCUCCACACCCCUGCACGGGCAGCCGCUGGUGGUGCUGCAGGGCAACGGCAUUGUCUUGGAGCAUCACACCUCCCAGGAGCCCAUCCCCGGCCAGCCCAGCACCUUCACUGUGCCCUUCUGGGAGCAAGCAUGGCAGCGGCCAGACGGGCAGCCAGCCACGCGAGAGCACCUGCUAAUGGCACUGGCAGACAUCAACACCCUCCUGAUCCAAGCAUCCUACACCCAGCACCCAGCUGAGAGCAGGGUCUCUGGCAUCAGCAUGGAUAUAGCUGUGCCUGAGGACACCGGCCAGGAUCCUGCACUGGAAGUGGAGCAAUGUACCUGCCCGCCCGGGUACCGUGGCCCAUCCUGCCAGGACUGUGACACAGGCUACACACGCAUGCCCAGUGGCCUCUAUCUGGGCACCUGUGAACGCUGCAGCUGCCAUGGCCACUCAGAGGUGUGCGAGCCUGAAACAGGUGUCUGCCAGGGCUGCCAGCACCACACCGAGGGCCCUCGGUGUGAGCAGUGCCAGCCAGGAUACUAUGGGGAUGCCCAGCAGGGGACGCCACAGGACUGCCAGCGGUGCCCGUGCUAUGGAGCCCCCGCUUCUGGCCAGGCUACCCACACCUGCUUUCUGGACACAGACAGCCACCCCACCUGUGACGCGUGCUCCCCAGGCCACAGCGGGCGUCACUGUGAGAGGUGUGCCCCAGGUUACUAUGGCAAUCCCAGCCAGGGCCAGCCAUGCCGAAGAGAUGGCCAGAUGCCAGAGCCCAUAGGCUGUGGCUGUGACCCCGAGGGCAGCAUCAGCACUCAAUGUGAUGCUACUGGUCAGUGCUACUGCAAGACCCAAGUGGAAGGCCUCACCUGCAACCACUGCCGGCCCCACCACUUCCACCUGAGCGCCAGCAACCCUGAUGGCUGCCUGCCUUGCUUCUGCAUGGGCGUCACCCAGCAGUGUGCCAGCUCCUCCUACACCCGCCACCUGAUCUCCACCCACUUUGCCCCUGGAGACUUCCAAGGCUUUGUCCUGGUGAACCCACAGCGGAACAGCCACCUGACAGGAGGCUUUACCGUGGACCCUGUGCCCGAGGGUGCCCAGCUGUCUUUUGGCAACUUCGCCCACCUUGGCCACGAGUCCUUCUACUGGCAGCUGCCGGAGACAUACCAGGGAGACAAGGUGGCAGCCUAUGGAGGGAAGCUGCGAUAUACUCUUUCCUACACAGCAGGGCCUCAAGGCAGCCCACUCUCUGACCCUGAUGUCCAGAUCACAGGCAACAACAUCAUGUUGGUGGCUUCCCAGCCAGCGGUGCCGGGUCCCCAGAGGAAGAGCUACGAGAUCAUCUUCCGAGAGGAAUUCUGGCGCCGGCCUGACGGGCAGCCAGCCACACGUGAACACCUUCUGAUGGCACUGGCUGACCUGGAUGAGCUCCUGGUACGGGCUACAUUCUCUUCCAUGCCGCUAGCGGCCAGCAUCAGUGCCGUCAGCCUGGAGGUUGCCCAGCCUGGACCCUCGGAUGGACCCCGGGCCCAUGAGGUGGAGGAGUGCCGCUGCCCACCAGGCUAUGCUGGCUUGUCCUGCCAGGACUGUGCCCCCGGCUACACGCGCACUGGGAGUGGGCUCUACCUUGGCCACUGUGAGCUGUGUGAAUGCAAUGGCCACUCAGACCUGUGCCAUGCAGAGACUGGUGCCUGCUCGCAAUGCCAGCACAACGCUGCCGGGGAGUUCUGCGAGCUGUGUGCUCCUGGCUACUAUGGAGAUGCUACAGCCGGGACGCCUGAGGACUGCCAGCCCUGUGCCUGCCCACUGACCAACCCAGAAAACAUGUUCUCCCGCACCUGUGAGAGCCUGGGAGCUGGUGGGUACCGCUGCACAGCCUGCGAACCCGGCUACACUGGCCAGUACUGUGAGCAGUGUGCCCCAGGUUACGUGGGUAAUCCCAAUGUGCAAGGGGGCCGGUGCGUGCCACAGACAAACCAGGCCUCACUGGUGGUCCAGGUCCAUCCUGCCCGGAGCAUAGUACCCCAAGGUGGACCCCACUCCCUGCGGUGCCAGGUCAGCGGGAGCCCACCCCACUACUUCUACUGGUCUCGUGAAGAUGGGCGGCCCUUGCCCAGCAGCACCCAGCAGCGACAUCAAGGCUCUGAGCUCCACUUCCCUAGUGUCCAGCCCUCAGAUGCUGGGGUCUACAUCUGCACCUGUCGCAACCUCCACCAUGUCAAUACCAGCCGGGCAGAGCUGCUGGUCACUGAGGCUCCAAGCAAGCCCAUCACAGUGACUGUGGAGGAGCAGCGGAGCCAGAGCGUGCGUCCUGGGGCUGACGUCACCUUCAUCUGCACAGCCAAGAGCAAGUCUCCAGCCUACACCCUGGUGUGGACCCGCCUACACAACGGGAAACUGCCAGCCCGUGCCAUGGAUUUCAAUGGCAUCCUGACCAUCCGCAACGUGCAGCCCAGUGAUGCCGGCACCUACGUGUGCACCGGCUCCAACAUGUUUGCCAUGGACCAGGGCACGGCCACGCUGCAUGUGCAGGCCUCAGUCACCUCAUCUGCCCCUGUGGUCUCCAUCCAUCCGCCACAGCUCACAGUGCAGCCGGGGCAGCUGGCCGAGUUCCGCUGCAGUGCCACAGGGAACCCCAUGCCCACUCUUGAGUGGACAGGGGGGCCUGGUGGCCAGCUCCCUCAGAAGGCACAAAUCCAGGGUGGCAUCUUGCGCCUGCCGGCUGCCGAGCCUUCAGAUCAGGCCCAGUACCUGUGCCGGGCCCACAGCAGCGCUGGGCAGCAUGUGGCCAGGGCUGUGCUCCAUGUGCAUGGAGGCAGCGGGCCCAGGGUCCAGGUGAGCCCAGAGAAGACUGAGGUGCAGGAAGGCAGCACCGUGUGGCUGUACUGCAGGGCUGCAGGUGUGCCGAGUGCCACCAUCACCUGGAGGAAGGAAGGCGGCAGCCUUCCCCCGCAGGCCCGGUCUGAGCGCACAAACAUUGCCACACUGCUCAUCCCAGCCAUCACAACCGCCGAUGCCGGCUUCUACCUCUGUGUGGCCACCAGCCCUGCAGGGACUGCCCAGGCCCGGAUUCAAGUGGUUGUCCAUGCAGCCUCGCGUGGCAGCUCACCACCAGUCAGGAUUGAGUCCUCAUCCCCUUCUGUGACGGAAGGGCAGACACUCGACCUCAACUGUGUGGUGGCAGGGUCAGCUCACACCCAAGUCACAUGGUAUAGGCGAGGGGGCAGGCUGCCUCCCCACGCCCAGGUCCAUGGCUCCCGGCUGCGGCUCUCCCAGGUUUCACCAGCCGAUUCUGGAGAAUAUGUGUGCCGGGUAGAAAAUGGAUCAGGACACAAGGAGGCCUCCAUCACUGUUUCUGUCCUCCAUGGCACCCAUUCGGGCCCCACCCAAACCCCAGCCUCUGGCAGCACCCAGCCCAUCCGAAUCGAGCCCUCCUCCUCACAUGUGGCCGAAGGGCAGACCCUGGAUCUGAACUGCGUGGUGCCUGGGCAGGCCCAUGCCCAGGUCACAUGGCACAGGCGUGGGGGCAGCCUCCCCGCCCAGCACCAGACCCAUGGCUCGCUGUUGAGACUGUACCAGGUGUCCCCUGCUGACUCAGGCGAGUACGUGUGCCGAGUGGUGGGCAGUUCUGUGCCCCAGGAGUCCUCUGUCCUAGUCACCAUUGAGCCCUCUGGCUCCAUCCCUGCCCCAGGACCCGUCCCACCUGUCAGGAUCGAGUCUACAUCCUCCACAGUGGCUGAGGGGCAGACCCUGGAUCUGAGCUGUGUGGUGGCCGGGCAGGCCCAUGCCCAGGUCACAUGGUAUAAGCGCGGGGGCAGCCUCCCUGCACGACACCAGGUGCGUGGCUCCCGCCUGUACAUCUUCCAUGUCUCACCCGCCGAUGCGGGCGAAUAUGUUUGCCGGGCCAGCAAUGGUGUGGAGGCCUCCAUCACAGUCACAGUAACCAGGACUCAGGGAGCCAACUUUGCCUAUCCCCCUGGCAGCACCCAGGCCAUCCGCAUCGAGCCCUCCUCUUCACACGUGGCCGAAGGCCAGACCCUGGAUCUAAACUGCCUUGUACCUGGGCAGCCUGAUGCCCAGGUCACAUGGCACAAGCGUGGGGGAAGCCUCCCCGCUCGGCACCAGACCCACGGCUCCCUGCUGAGACUAAACCAAGUGUCUCCUGCCGACUCUGGCCAGUAUGUGUGCCGAGUAGUGGGUGGCUCUGUGCCCUUGGAGGCCUCUGUCCUGGUCACCAUUGAGCCUGCAGGCUCUGUGCCUACAGUUGGGGUUACCCCCCCAGUCCGGAUCGAGUCAUCUUCCUCACACGUGGCUGAAGGGCAAACCCUGGAUCUGAACUGCCUCGUUGCUGGGCAGCCCCAUGCCCAGAUCACAUGGCACAAGCGUGGGGGCAGCCUUCCUACCCGGCACCAGGUCCAUGGCUCAAGACUGCGGCUGCUCCAGGUGACCCCAGCUGAUUCUGGGGAGUAUGUAUGCCACGUGGUCAGCAGCUCGGGCACCCAGGAAGCCUCCGUCCUUGUCACCAUCCAGAAGCGCCUUGGCACCUCCCACUCCCAGAGUGUGGUGUACCCCGUCCGUAUCGAGUCCUCCUCAGCUUCCCUGGCCAAUGGACAUACCUUGGACCUCAACUGCCUAGUUGCCAGCCAGGCCCCCCACACCAUCACCUGGUAUAAGCGUGGAGGCAGCUUACCCAGCCGGCACCAGAUCGUGGGCUCCCGGCUACGGAUCCCUCAAGUGACUCCUGCGGACUCAGGAGAGUACGUGUGUCAUGUCAGUAAUGGUGCCGGUUCCCAGGAGACCUCUCUUGUUGUCACCAUCCAGGGCAGUGGCUCCUCCCAUGGGCCCAGCAUCUUCCGCCCCAUCAGGAUCGAGUCCUCAUCCCCCACAGUGGUGGAAGGACAGACCUUGGAUCUGAACUGUGUGGUGUCCGGACAGCCCCAGGCUGUCAUCACGUGGUACAAGCGUGGGGGCAGUCUUCCCCCCAAACACCAGAUCCAUGGCUCCCACUUGCGGUUGCAUCAGAUGUCUAUGGCAGACUCGGGCGAGUACGUGUGCCGGGCCAACAACAACAUCGAUGCCCUGGAGACCUCCAUCAUGGUCUCCGUGUCCCCUGGCACCAGCAACCCCUCCGUCUCUGGCAGUACCAUGCCCAUCAGAAUUGAGUCAUCGUCAUCACAGGUGGCUGAAGGGCAGACCUUGGAUCUGAACUGUGUGGUGCCUGGGCAGGCCCAUGCCCAGAUUCCAGAUUGGAACCUUACUCUGUUCCUCUGCCCUGUCCCUGUCCAGGCCCAUGGCUCACGGCUACGGCUGUACCAGGUGUCCCCGGCCGACUCGGGCGAGUACGUAUGCCGUGCAGUGGGCAGCUCUGGCCCCCUAGAGGCCUCGGUCCUGGUCACCAUUGAGGCCUCUGGCUCAAGCUCUGUCCACGUGCCUGUCCCAGGUGGAGCCACACCCAUCCGCAUCGAGACCUCCUCCUCUCGAGUGGCCGAAGGGCAGACUCUGGACCUGAACUGCCUGGUGCCCGGGCAGCCCCAUGCCCAGGUCACGUGGCACAGGCGUGGGGGCAGCCUCCCCGCCCGGCACCAGGUCCACGGCACUCUGCUGAGGCUGAACCAAGUGUCCCCAGCUGACUCUGGCGAGUACUCAUGCCGGGUGACCGGAAGCUCAGGCACCCAGGAGGCAUCUGUCCUAGUCACAAUUGAAGCCUCCAGCCCAGGCCCCAUUCCUCCCCCUGGACUGGCCCAACAUGUCCACAUUGAGGCCACCUCCUCACAUGUGGCUGAAGGGCAGACCCUGGAUCUGAACUGUGUGGUGCCUGGGCAGGCCCACGCCCAGGUCACAUGGUACAAGCGUGGGGGCAGCCUACCCGCUCAGCACCAGACCCAUGGCUCUCAGCUGCGGCUCCACCACGUCUCCCCGGCUGACUCAGGAGAGUACGUGUGCCGUGUGGCCGGCGGCUCCGGCCCUCAGCAGGAGGCCUCCUUCACGGUCACCGUUACACCCAGUGAAGGGUCCUCCUAUCGCCUCAGGAGCCCUGUCAUCUCCAUCGACCCGCCCAGCAGCACCGUGCGGCAGGGCCAGGAUGCCAGCUUCAAGUGCCUCAUCCAUGAGGGGGCAGCCCCCAUCACCCUCGAGUGGAAGACCCGGAACCAGGAGCUGGAGGACAACGUCCACAUCAGCCCCAACGGCUCCAUCAUCACCAUCGUGGGCACCCGGCCCAGCAACCAUGGUGCCUACCGCUGCGUGGCCUCCAAUGCCUACGGUGUGGCCCAGAGUGUCGUGAACCUCAGUGUGCACGGGCCCCCUACCGUGUCUGUGCUCCCGGAGGGCCCCGUGCGGGUGAAAGUGGGAAGGGCCGUCACCCUGGAGUGUGUGAGUGCUGGUGAGCCCCGCUCCUCUGCUCGUUGGACCCGGGUUGGCACUCCUGUCAAGCUGGAGCAGCGGAUGUACGGGCAUGUGGAUAGCCAUACAGUGCUGCAGAUUUCAUCAGCUGAGCCAUCAGAUGCAGGCACCUACGUGUGCCUUGCUCAGAAUGCACUGGGCACAGCACAGAAACGGGUGGAAGUGAUCGUGGACACAGGCACUGUGGCCCCAGGGGCCCCCCAGGUCCAGGUGGAAGAAACUGAGCUGACUGUCGAGGCUGGGCACACGGCCACCCUGCGCUGCUCUGCCACAGGCAGCCCCAUGCCCACCAUUCACUGGUCCAAGCUGCGCUCUCCACUGCCCUGGCAGCACCAGGUGGAAGGCAACACACUGAUCAUCCCGAGGGUAGCCCAGCAGGACUCGGGCCAGUACAUCUGCAAUGCCACCAGCCCUGCCGGGCACUCUGAGGCCACUGUCAUCCUUCAUGUGGAGAGCCCACCAUACGCCACCAUAGUUCCGGAGCACGCAUCGGUGCGGGCAGGGGAAAGAGUGCAGCUCCAGUGCCUGGCUCAUGGGACACCCCCACUCACCUUCCAGUGGAGUCGCGUGGGCGGCAGCCUUCCUGGGAGGGCGACCACCAGGAAUGAGCUGCUGCACUUUGAGUCUGUGGCCCCAGAGGACUCAGGCCGCUACCGCUGCCAGGUCACCAACAGGGUGGGCUUGGCAGAGGCCUUUGCCCAGCUGGUGGUCCAAGGCCCCUCCGGCUCUCUCCCUGCCACCCCCAUCCCAGCAGGAUCCACGCCUACCGUGCAGGUCACACCUCAGCUGGAGACAAAGAGCAUUGGAGCCAGUGUUGAGUUCCACUGUGCUGUGCCCAGUGACCCGGGCACCCAGCUCCGUUGGUUCAAGGAAGGGGGUCAGCUGCCUCUUGGCCACAGUGUGCAGGAUGGGGUCCUCCGAAUCCAGAACUUAGACCAGAGCUGCCAGGGGACAUACAUUUGCCAGGCCCAUGGACCUUGGGGACAGGCCCAGGCCAGCACCCAGCUGGUCGUCCAAGCCCUGCCCUCGGUGCUCAUCAACAUCCGGACCUCAGUGCAGACUGUGGUGGUUGGCCAUGCUGUGGAGUUCGAGUGCCUGGCACUGGGUGACCCCAAGCCUCAGGUGACAUGGAGCAAAGUCGGAGGGCGCCUGCGGCCUGGCAUCGUGCAGAGCGGAGGCAUCGUCAGGAUCGCCCACGUGGAGCUGGCCGAUGCAGGACAGUACCGCUGCACGGCCACCAAUGCUGCCGGCACCACCCAAUCCCAUGUGCUGCUGCUCGUGCAAGCCUUGCCCCAGAUCUCCAUGCCCCCAGAGGUCCGUGUGCCAGCUGGUUCUGCAGCUGUCUUCCCCUGCAUGGCCUCGGGCUACCCCACUCCUGAAAUCACGUGGAGCAAGCUGGAAGGCGACCUGCCACCUGACAGCCACCUGGAGAACAACAUGCUGAUGCUGCCCUCCGUCCGUCCCCAGGAUGCAGGCACCUAUGUCUGCACCGCCACUAACCGCCAGGGCAAGGUCAAAGCCUUUGCCCAUCUGCACGUGCCAGAGCGGGUGGUACCCUACUUCACCCAGACACCCCACUCCUUCCUGCCGUUACCCACCAUCAAGGACGCCUAUAGGAAGUUUGAGAUUAAGAUCACCUUCCGGCCUGACUCAGCCGAUGGGAUGCUACUGUACAAUGGGCAGAAGCGGAUCCCCGGGAGCCCCGCUAACCUGGCCAACAGGCAGCCUGACUUCAUCUCGUUCGGCCUUGUGGGUGGGAGGCCCGAGUUCCGGUUCGAUGCAGGCUCUGGCAUGGCCACCAUCCGUCACCCGACACCGCUGGCCCUGGGCCAGUUCCACACUGUGACCCUCCUGCGCAGCCUCACCCAGGGCUCCCUGAUUGUGGGCAGCCUGGCCCCAGUCAACGGGACCUCCCAGGGCAAGUUCCAGGGCCUGGACCUGAAUGAGGAGCUCUACCUGGGUGGCUACCCCGACUACAGCGCCAUCCCCAAGGCGGGACUGAGCAGCGGCUUCAUAGGCUGCGUCCGCGAGCUGCGCAUCCAGGGCGAGGAGAUCGUCUUCCACGACCUCAACCUCACGGCACAUGGAAUCUCCCACUGCCCCACAUGUCGGGACCGGCCCUGCCAGACACUAAUCACCCCAUUUGCUGGCUUCCCUCCUCCAAUACUGGGAGCCAAGUAUUUGCCACAUGCUGCACCUGCGUCCCUGCCCCAACCCCCACCCCCCGCUGUGGCCACCAUGUACACCCUGUCACUGCUCCCUGCUAUCUUCCUGGUUUAUUACCCAGUACCCAUUACCUGCCAUCUAGAGGCCUGUGGGCCCGAUGCCACCUGUGUGAAUCGGCCAGAUGGUCGAGGCUACACCUGCCGCUGCCACCUGGGCCGCUCGGGGAUAAAAUGUGAGGAAGGUGUGACGGUGACUACUCCCUCCCUGUCGGGCUCUGGCUCCUACCUGGCAUUGCCCCCUCUCACCAACACACACCAUGAGCUACGACUGGAUGUGGAGUUCAAGCCACUAGCGCCUGAUGGAGUCCUGCUGUUCAGUGGGGGACGGAGUGGUCCUGUGGAGGACUUCGUGUCCCUGGCAAUGGCUGGUGGCCACCUGGAGUUCCGCUAUGAGUUGGGGUCAGGGCUGGCCAUUCUGCGGAGCACUGAGCCGCUGGCCCUGGGCCGCUGGCACCGCGUGUCUGCAGAGCGCCUCAACAAAGAUGGCAGCCUGCGGGUGAAUGGUGGCCGUCCCGUGCUACGCUCCUCACCUGGCAAGAGCCAGGGCCUCAACCUGCACACCCUUCUCUACCUGGGUGGCGUGGAGCCCUCUGUGCAACUGUCCCCUGCCACCAACGUGAGCGCUCACUUCCGUGGCUGCGUGGGCGAGGUGUCAGUGAAUGGCAAGCGGCUAGACCUCACCUACAGCUUCCUGGGCAGCCGGGGUGUUGGACAGUGCUAUGACAGUUCCCCUUGUGAACGCCAGCCUUGCCAGCACGGUGCCACGUGCCUGCCUGCCGGCGAGUACGAGUUCCAGUGCCUAUGUCAGGAUGGCUUCAAAGGAGACCUCUGUGAGCAGGAAGAGAACCCCUGCCAGCUCCGUGAGCCCUGUCUGCAUGGAGGCACCUGUCAGGGCACCCGCUGCCUCUGCCUCCCCGGUUUCUCUGGCCCACGAUGUCAACAAGGCUCUGGACAAGGCACAGCAGAGUCCGACUGGCAUCUUGAAGGCAGCGGAGGCAACGAUGCCCCUGGGCAGUAUGGAGCCUAUUUCUAUGACAAUGGCUUUCUGGCCCUCCCUGGCCGCAUCUUCUCCAGGAGCCUGCCUAAGGCGCCCGAGACCAUUGAGAUGGAGGUUCAGACCAGCACAGCCAAUGGCCUCCUGCUCUGGCAGGGUGUGGAAGUGGGAGAGCCUGGCCGAGGCAAAGACUUCAUCAGCCUUGGGCUUCAGGAUGGACACCUUGUCUUCAGCUACGAGCUGGGUAGUGGGGAGGCCCACCUUGUCUCUGAGGACCCCAUAAAUGAUGGCGAGUGGCACCGGGUGACAGCACUGCGGGAGGGCCAGAGAGGCUCCAUCCAGGUCGACGGUGAGGAGCUGGUCAGCGGCCAAUCCCCGGGCCCCAAUGUGGCCGUCAAUGCCAAGGGCAGCAUCUACAUUGGCGGAGCCCCCGACGUGGCCACGCUGACUGGGGGCAGGUUCUCCUCGGGUGUCACAGGCUGUGUCAAGAAUCUGGUGCUGCACAUGGCUGGGCCCAAUGCCCCUCCUCCACAGCCCCUGGACCUGCAGCACCGCGCCCAGGCAGGGGCCAACAUACGCCCCUGCCCCUCAUAGGCACCUACCUGCCCUACACGGACUCCUGGGCAGCACCCCAGCCCGACAAUGCCGAGUAUAUUAUUAUUAAUAUUAUUAUGAUGAUUUUUUUGUAAGAACUGAGGCAAUGCCACGCUUUGCUGCUACCGCCCUGGGCUGGACUGGAGGUGGGCAGGCCACCCCCACACACACCGCUGGGCAAAGCCACAAGGCUGAUGGGCAGGGCAGGUUGGAUGAGAGUGGGUACCUUAGAAGGCCACCAGAACUUGGGGUUAGGCAUGGUUGCUCUGUAGGUCCCCACCUGCCCCUGCUCCCCCUCCCGGAUGAAGCCCCCCAAGGUAGGGCCAGCCGCCCAUUGCUGCAGCCCUGGGGCAGCCCUCAUUCCUGUGAGGGCCAACCUUGGCCUACAACCUUGUGCCUCACCAGCUACCCGAGAAGGGGGCGUCGCAGGAGCCUUUGCCACGCCCUCUGGGUUGGGAAAUCUCUGUAGUGACAGCUGUGGAGCAAAAGGCAGCUCACCCCUGGACAAGCAGCCCUCUCCCCCUCCCAGCCCAUGUCCUGGCUCCUCCCCCCCUCAGCUGGACCACCUGCCCCUGGCAGCCUCCCCACUCUUGCCAUGCCCUCCUGGCCUGCAUUCUGACCCCCUGCCAACACACAACCCAAGGGCCCUCCCCCAGGAGCUGCAAGGGAGACCCCACCCCAACUCUACAGGAGCUGCUAUAGGCAGGACCCAGCACUGAGAGGGUCUCCCCACCAUACCAGGCCACAUCCCCCACUCAUCUGGAAGUGAAGGCCCAGGGGACUCGCGGGGGAGCUGUUGUUGGUAGGUGGAAGAGUUAGUGCCUUGGGUGGGGGGAGCUGCGACUCAGACCAGGAGGAUGAAGAGGAGUUAUGAUAGCCCUGCCCCAUCUGUAGGAGCCAGAGGGUAAGCAUCCUCCUACCAGGGGCCCCCAAGACUGUGGGGUCAGAACACCUGGCCUCCAUGUCCUAGAAAGGACCCUCCUGUGGUCUUUGUCUUGAUUUUUCUUAAUAAACGGUGCUAUCCCCGCCAG